GGAGCCAGAGGAUGCUGGAUCCCAGUCAGAGAUGGAUAAGCCUGAUUUGCUUGUCGCUCCUGUGUCUGUUUCUCUGCCUGCCCAGGGAAUUGGACGCCAGGAGAGCCCCCAAGAUCCCUCGCUGUCCUUCGACCUGCUCCUGCACCAAAGACAGUGCCUUCUGCGUGGACACCAAAGCCAUUCCCAAGAGCUUCCCCCCUGGAAUCAUCUCUCUGACGAUGGUGAACGCGGCCUUUACUACAAUCCCAGAGGGAGCUUUCUCACACCUUCACCUGCUGCAGUUCCUGUUAUUGAACUCCAACACAUUCACCAUGAUAGCUGAUGAUGCCUUUGCUGGUCUGUCUCACCUGCAGUACCUGUUCAUUGAGAAUAACGACAUCCAGGCUCUGUCAAAGUACACAUUCAGAGGACUCAAAUCCCUGACUCACCUAUCUCUUUCAAACAACAACCUGCAGCAUCUGCCAAGAGAUCUCUUCAAACACCUGGACAUCCUCACAGAUUUGGACCUGCGGGGGAACUCUUUCCGCUGUGACUGUAAAAUCAAGUGGCUGGUGGACUGGAUGGAGAAGACAAACACUUCUGUUCCUGCAAUCUACUGUGCCAGCCCGUUUGAAUUCCAGGGACGCAGAAUCCACGACCUCGCACCACGAGACUUCAACUGCAUCAGUGCAGAUUUUGCUGUCUAUGAGACCUUCCCUUUCCACUCUGUGUCUGUGGAGUCCUAUGAGUUCAAUGGGGAUCAGUUUGUGGCCUUCGCUCAGCCGGAUUCAGGUUUCUGCACCCUGUAUGUGUGGGAUCAUGUGGAGAUGGUCUUCAGGAAGUUUCAUAACAUAACCUCUCGCUCUGCUGUGUACUGCAAACCAGUGGUGAUAGCCAACAGCCUUUACAUGGUUGUGGCUCAACUGUUUGGUGGAUCUCAUAUCUACAAAUGGGAGGAGGACCCACAGCGCUUUGUAAAGAUCCAGGACAUCGACACCACCCGAGUGAGGAAGCCCAACUUCGUGGACACCUUCCAGAUAGAUGAAGAGUGGUACUUUGUAGUAGCCGACAGCUCCAAGGCAGGCUCCACCAGCAUUUAUCGCUGGAACAGCAACGGCUUCUACUCCCACCAGUCCCUUCAUCCCUGGCACCGGGACACCCAUGUGGAGUUCCUGGAUGUCGCUGGAAAGCCUCACCUGAUCCUCUCCAGUGCCUCUCAACCACCUGUGGUUUACCAGUGGAACCGAAACCAGAGGCAGUUCACUUUCUUCUCCCAGAUCACAGAUCUGGCCGAUGUUCAGAUGGUUAAGCAUUUCUUUGUGAGGAAAGUUCUCUACCUUUGCGUCACCCGCUUCAUCGGUGACUCCAAGAUCCUCCGCUGGGAGGGGCAGCGUUUUGUGGAGAUCCAGACUCUUCCCUCUCGUGGCUCGAUGGCAGUACAGCCUUUCACAGUGGGACUCUGGCAGUACCUCAUCUUGGGCAGUGUCUCCUUCUCCAGAGUUUACCUGUGGGAUGACCUCACUCAGCGCUUUCAGCCCUUCCAGGAGCUCAACAUGAGAGCUCCACGAGCAUUCAGCCUGGUAUCUGUCGACAACAAGGACAUCCUGCUGGCUGCAAGCUUCAAAGGCAACACCCUGGCCUACCAGCACCUGGUGGUGGACCUCAGUGCAAAGUAGACAUGUUACAUUCAGAGAGGAAGAAGGUGCUUCUGAGUAUAUUUCAACACGUGCCAAAUAAAUGAAGACUGCAAAAUGUAAAGCCAUGUAACAAGGAGCUGCUGUUUUACCAAUGUUUGAAACGAGGCUACUAAUUAAAUGAUUAUUCUAUUUUUAUGCACUAUCCCGUAACAUUUGAAUGAAAUGAUGUGAUAAUACAAAGCAUCAGCAACACACCAACACAAGUGUCUUGUCACUGCCGCAUCACUGCUUCUGUUCUACAGAACACGUAUCUAGGCCAAUAUUUUUGAAGGUCCUAUAUUGUAUAUUGUGCUCCACUAAUGUAAAAAUGAUGUGCAUGUGUGUACUGAAUAAUUCACUGGAUGAGUCAGGAUAUUGGAACUAGUUGACUAAUAUUAUGAAGGUUUGUAAUUUGCACAGUGUAGUUUAUCUGCAUAGAAUGUUGCAUGACAUGGUAUAUAUGAUAUAACUGUGUAAAACAAGCAAUACUACAAUAUUAACCAUUGCAAUACUUGAAACCCUUGAUUAUGCUUAUCUUUAUAUUGAUGAUACAUUUGAUUCUGUAUUUGGUUUAAUGGAUAUAAUGUUUAUUCUACAGUGAGCUCAUGGGAUAGAUGCUGAUAUUUACCAAAUAUUUCUUUGUUAGUUUCCUCAUUACUCAAGUUAGUAAAGACUUAGACUCUGAUUUUGUUAUAAUGGCCAUAUCACAAAAUGUCACCAAACUUUAUGACUUUGGAAUAUAUCUGCUCCAAUUAUUCAAGUUUUAUAUUAUGACGUGUACUUUACUAAUGUGAAAAUGAUGUGCAUGAGCAUCCACUGAUUUAUUUACUUUAUGAAAAUAUAUAUAGGAACUGACUUUAAAACUAAUGGGGAUGUGGUAAAUGAGAUAUUAUUUGGCUGCAGCUUAACUUUUGGAUUGUUACUUAUCACCAAUAUUGGAGGCUUUAAAUACAAUAAGAUGAUUAUUUUUUAGCUUAAACAAGAUUGGAGAAUAUAAUACGGUUCUCAUUCUGUCUUUUGUUCUUAAUUUAAUGCAGUCACAAACUGUGUGGUACUUAUUACUGUGUAUAUUUGGACAUAGAAAGUCUGAUAGGAAGAGGGAAUGAUUAAAUCAAAUGUAUGCCCCCUAAAAAGUUCUGUUUAUUUACUUUUAUG